AUGUCCUUUCUUCGCUUACGUCACGGCGUUCGCUCAAGUCUACGUCAGCUAAAAAGGAUUCUUAGAUCUCGAGGGCUUCGACGAAAAAAGAUUCAGUCUAGAAUUGAUAGGGUGGUAAAUGCAGUAGACCAAGAGUUGCAGAGUAGUGAAAGUUGCAUAGGUUAUCGACAAAUGCACCAGCGUCUACUAAGUGACCACAGGAUUGUGACUGAUCGAGACACAGUCCGACGAAUAGUGAAGAGCCUAGAUCCUCGUGGCGUUGAGUUACGAUCGAGGAAACGCUUAACAAGGAGGAGGUACGUGCUACCAGGCCCUAAUUUCAUAUGGCAUAUCGAUGGCUAUGACAAGCUUAAGCCCUACGGGUUUUGCACUCACGGUGCUAUUGACGGCUACAGUCGUCGCAUAUUGUGGUUGGAGGUAGGCCCCUCAAACAAUAACCCAAUGGUAACGGUACAAUAUUACCUGGAUUGUGUACGUCAGUUACGUGGCUGUCCUCGAGUAGUACGAGGUGAUAGUGGCACUGAAAACAUACAUAUCGCAGCCGUCCAGCGAUUUCUUAGACGUCACUGUCAGGAUAACUUAGCUGGAAAAAAGAGCUUUUUGUAUGGCAAAUCUGUAGCCAACCAAAGGAUCGAGGCUUGGUGGGCCUUCCUCAGGAAAAGUAACACAGACUGGUGGAUACGUUUUUUCAAAGAUUUAACAGCCUUAGGGCACUUUGACAAUAGCAAUAUCAUCCACGUUGAGUGUUUAAGGUUUUGCUUCAUGAGCUUAAUUUAGGAGGAGUAGCAUAGAGUGUCACAGCACUGGAAUUUGCAUAGAAUAAGGCCAUCGAAUUGAAAGACACCUGCCGGGAGACCUGAUGUUCUGUUUUUCCUCCCAGAAGAAUCGAACACCACACAUCACAAAAUUGCCGCCGAUGAAAGUGAUUUGGAUGUUGCAGAAAAUCUUUGUGGUACCCGACACCAUCCUCUUGGCUGCUCUUCUUUGUUUGUGCGUUUAGCUGAACUCAUUAUGGAAGAUAUUGACUUACAAUUGCCAAGAAACACCGAGGAAGCUGUGUAUUUGUAUCAGGAACUACUUCACCACAUUGAUAGCUUGUAA